AUGACUUUUGUUUGCUCUGCGUGUUGGAGAUCCUUCAAACAGCUAGGACAUCUUAUACAGCAUGAAGAUAAAACUGGUAAUCAUGCUUGCAAGGAAGCUGGAAAAGCACGGGUAGAGAUUCUUCAGCGCAACAGUACUAGAUCUCCCCGUCGCAGCUACCGUAGACCUCACCAUCAAUCAGAUUCACCCCAGCAAUCUCAUCAUGACCGAUCCCAGUCACUCGAUACUCAUUCAUCUACAUCUCACUCUUCUGAAUCAUCAAAUCCAGAUGAUAACGAUGAAGGCAAUGAAGGAAAUGGGCCGAUUAAGAUCUUCGGGGGUGAUUUUUUCGGAAAUGACUACAUGGCAGAUGAUUUCCCGGGCUUAGAUGAUGAUGAUGAGGAAGACCUUGCUGGAGAUGUCAAUAGGGAAGAUGAAGAUGAAGAUGUCUGUGAUGAUACUUUGAUGGAUCUUGAAUGA